AUGGCUGGCAAAAAGAAGGAAGUCAGUCUGCAGGUGUCAAUCACAAACGAGGAGCAAUGGGGCGAAAUGACCGGCACCAAGGGCUUGACAGUGGUUGAUGUGUAUCAGCAAUGGUGUGGCCCUUGCCGCGCUGUCGUCAGCCUUUUUAGAAAGAUAAAGAAUGAGCUCGGCGAUGACCUGUUACAUUUUGCAACCGCAGAGGCAGACAGCAUCGAUGCACUGGAGAGAUACCGGGGAAAGUGCGAGCCCACGUUUCUCUUCUACGGGGGUGGAGAGCUGGUGGGAGUAUUGAGGGGUGCCAAUGCCCCCCUGCUGCAGAGGCUGGUGGUGGAGGAGCUGGCCAAGGAGAAGAAAGUGCUGGACGAAGGAGCUGAACGACGAGUGGUGAAGGAUGAAGGGCUGGUGGAUGAGGAGGAGGAGGAGGUCGGUGACAACGACCAGGGAGACGAGGAUGUCCUGGUUCCCGCCCACAAGUCCUACACAGUAGCAAUCAUCAAACCAGAUGUGGUCGCACACGGCAAAGCCAGCGAGAUAAUCAUGAAGAUCCAGGACGCUGGCUUUGAGAUUCUGGCCCAUGAGGAGAGAACCCUGACUGAGGACGAGGCUCGCGUAUUCUACCAACACAAGGAGGACCAGCCCUACUUCCAGGAGCUGGUGGAGUUUAUGUCCAGUGGGCCGUCACAUGUGCUCAUCGUCUCGCAGACUGACGCCUCCGCAGACGUCAUCCCCACAUGGAGGGAGUUCAUUGGCCCCACAGACGUACAGGAGGCCAAGAGGGACAAACCUAGCAGUCUGCGUGCCCAGUAUGGCACCGACUCGCUCUUCAACGGUCUCCACGGCAGCGAUGAUGCCGAGCGUGCCAGCAGGGAGCUGGCCUUCUUCUUCCCCACCUUCCGCCUGGCAUCGGGCACCGACGACGACGAUGAUGAUGGACCCGCCGAGAGGACGCUGGCGCUGAUCCGGCCGCAGCUUGACAGGGAACACAGGGAUGAGCUGCUGUCCCUCAUCCGUGAUGUGGGCUUCACCGUGGCGAUGGAGAAGGAAGUGAUGCUGAACGAGGAGCAGGUCAGACAGUUCUACAGUCAGCAUCAGGACCAGGACUACUUCCCUGCACUACUACACACCAUGACCAGCGGCCCGGUGCUGGCGUUGGCUCUGGCCCGGCGAGAUGCGGUGCGGUACUGGAGGAGCCUACUGGGACCUGCAGACGUCAACCAGGCCCGCCAGGAGCAACCGGACUGUCUGAGGGCCCGCUUCACUGCAGAGGGGGGAGGAAAUGGAGGUGAAGGAGGAGAAGAGAGAGGAGGAGGAGGAGGUGAGGAAAAAGAAGAGGAGGAGGGUGCAGGAGGUGCAGGUGAAGGGGGAGGAGGUGGCCUUAACCAGCUCCACGGCAGCGCUAGCUCCCAGGAGGCCGAGCGGGAGCUGGAGUUCUUCUUCCCAGAGCUGCAGGAUACUCUGGCCCUCAUCAAGCCCGAUGCCAUGGAGCAGCACAGAGAGGUGAUCCUGGAGGAGAUCCGUGCUGCUGGCUUCUCCAUCGUGGAGCAGCGUGAGGAGGCGUUGACUAGGGAGGUGGCCGAGGAGUUCUACAGGGAGCACCAGGACAAGCCCUUCUUCCCCCAGUUGAUAGACACCAUGUGCCGAGGACCAUGUCUGAUGCUUGUCCUGACCAAAGACAAUGCGGUGGAGGACUGGAGGGCCAUGAUGGGGCCCACGGACCCCGAUGAGGCGCGUCAGUCAGCCCCAGACUCCCUGAGGGCCCGCUUCGCUCGCGACGUUCUGGAGAACACUGUGCACGGCUCGUCCAAUCGGGAGCACGCGCAAAAGAAGAUCCACUUCCUCUUUGGCGAAAUUGCCACCGCUGCAGAGAACGGCGAGGAAGAGGAUGGGGAGCUUGCACUGCUUCGGAACAUCGAAGGCCUGGAGAGCUCUGGUGACUUCAGGCAGCUGGAGGAGUCCAUAUCUCCCUCUACGGACGCCAAUGAACAGCUGCUGGCACUCAUGAGCCCAGAGGAAGACGAUUCUCCGACGUUGAUGACGAGAGAGAUCUCUGACCUCGCUCCACAGUCUCCACCUGCCGUCAUCAUACCAACGUCAGAGGUGAUGGCGGAAACGCAACCACCAAGUGCGGCCAGCGACAACCCACAGUCCACUGAUGACUUGACGACCUCUGAGGAGCCGAGGCGUUCAGGUGACAGUGGCCAGCAGCACUGAAGUUGAGGAAGAGGCUUCCCACCAGUGACUUGAUGGGCUGGACAGACAGAACGGGAGGACAUCUCAGGCCAUGAUGUUUUUGACUGUGUAUUAUGACCACAUCAAUUGGGCGUGUUCAUGAUGGCGCAUGCAGCAGAAUUUUUUAACCAGAAUGCAUUGCAAUUCUACCGCAAUGCCGAUGCGUGCGCUGCGCAGACCGCCACAGCAUGCGCCAUCACGAAUGCUUCCCAUACUGUACCACUCACCCUCAUGUAACCAUUUAUUUACCAAGUCCCUUAAAAAGCUCUGGACAUAUGAUGACAUCAUUCUCACCCCUUUUAUUGAGCUCUUGUGAGUUCUCGGAUUUCUCAUAGGCCUACUCUUUGAAUCUCGUCUGUAGUUACCAGCUGUGGCAGCUUGCUGUGGAGAAUGUCUGUGAAGAUUCUCAUUCAGAUACUGUUUGUAUUGUUGCUUCUUUUUUAAUCUUCUUGGGUAUUUUGGUUUUAGUUCC